AUGUGUGUUGUUUUUAGUGUUCAGGAGUUCAUGACCUUCACCAGCCAGCUGAUUGUGGAGCGCUCGGCCAAAGGCAACAGAGCUUCCGUCAAGGAACAAGAAUAUCUGUGCCACGUCUACGUGCGGAACGACAGUCUGGCGGGAGUGGUCAUUGCUGACAGCGAGUACCCGUCCCGGGUGGCGUUCACCUUGCUGGAGAAGGUGCUGGAUGAUUUCUCCAAGCAGGUGGACAGGAUCGACUGGCCUGUCGGAUCCCCUGCUACCAUCCACUACGCAGCCCUGGACGGCUACCUGAGUACCUACCAGAAUCCCCGAGAAGCUGACCCCAUGAGUAAAGUGCAGGCUGAACUAGAUGAGACCAAGAUCAUUCUGCACAACACCAUGGAGUCCCUGUUAGAACGAGGCGAGAAGAUAGACGACCUGGUGUCCAAAUCCGAAGUGCUGGGAAUUCACUCUAAAGCCUUCUACAAAACAGCCCGGAAGCAAAACUCGUGCUGUGCAGUCAUGUGACCGUAGUCCGCAGAGGCCCCCUUGCUGCAUCCCCGUCAUUCCAUCAGAACCGCGGCCUCAGGAGAUGCCUCGGCCACAGCAAGACCAGAGCACGGUCACCGUUCACUGGAGCUCCUGGAGGCGCCGAGGCAGCGGAAGGGACCUGGGGUGGGGAAUGUUCAAAUUCAUGUUUCUGGUCAUUUUUGAAAAGAUAAUUUGAGGUCCUCAGAGGUAUUUUGGGGCCAAAUGAAACCGUAAACACUCCAUGACUCCUGCAGAUGCCGAAGGGCUCUUGUCUAACCUGUACAUCAACUGUGUUAACGCUUCAGUGAGGGGGUUCUCAAUCCACAGGGCGAGGGGCGACAGAGCACACACUGGGUUCUCCUGGGAAAGCCGCCCAGGGUCACGGGGGUGGGGCAAGCAGGGUCAUGAGGAGACAGCCCCUGGGAUUCACAAGUUCUGAGACACAGUUUGCAUUUCUGCUGAGACUGACUUCCACUGACGCCUUGGUGGUGUUGGAGGGGGCGGGGCACCUGCCUGACCUGCAAUUGGCCUUGAACCUGGAUCCCAGGCAUGUGCCUCUGGCAGCAAAAUUGUUUUGGCAACCACCUGGGCCUGCGUGUCUUAGCAAGUGGCCUUCCCGUGGCCACUAUUACUGGGCAUCAAGAGUAGGUGCCAGCCGACCAAGGACCCAGCACCCCACUUGUCUGAGUGUGGCCGCCCCCCAUCCCUGCUGACUCAGUCCCCUCUCCCCCCAUCCUUCUUGACCCUCAGCAGCAGGAAACCAGGCCACAGCCGCCCAGGCGAUGACCCAGUAGGUCCCGGCCCCUUGGCCUGCCUGGUCCUGGGUCAUGCUGCCCUGUCCACACUGCCUCCUUGCUCUGCGUGCCACCUGCGGACAAGGUGCCCUUGCUGGGGUGGCGUCAACCAGUGUGGUCUCACCCAGGGGUCCUUCUUUGAGUGUGCUGGUUCUUGCCCAGCCGAAGGUCCCACUCACCCAGCAGGAAGUGCCAGCAGCCCCAAAUCUCGCUUGGGCCAGAGAAUGGGAUCUGUGUGGCUUCUGAGCACCUGCCCCAACAGGUUCACCUGCCGGCUGCCUUUUUCCCUGGCACUGCUGGCCUCCCUAAGGAUGCUCCCUGCCCGUGUGACUCCUGCUGGACCCCACCUUAGGGUGCAGGCCCAUCCUGUUCGUGGCGCCUGAGCUGGCUGUGACUCCACUUGGGACAGUUGGGUCAUGGAUGAUGGGGAGGACGUGGGUGAGGGUGGAUUUGGAAGAGGGAGGGUGGCUGGCGGAGGUCCUGUGCCCAUGUGCUCCCUGUUCAUGUCAUCCGGCUAAGAGUGUAUUUUAAUAAUUGUUGCCUAACUUUUCUUGUGUUGUUGGAGAGGUUCCUAUCUGGAUAAAGUUGUCUUUUGAAAUUCC